AUGGAGCCCGCGACCAGGCGCCGGCGCAGGAGUCGCCAGCUGGUGGCCGCCUUCCUGCGUGACCCAGGCUCGGGACGCGUUUACCGGCGCGGGAAGCUUAUAGGCAAGGGUGCCUUCAGCCGCUGCUACAAGCUGACUGACAUGUCCACCAGCGCUGUGUUCGCCCUCAAGGUGGUGCCGCGCAGUGGGAGUGGUGCAGGGCGCCUGCGUCCCAGGGGGAAGGUGGAGCGAGAAAUCGCUCUGCACAGCAGCCUCCGCCACCGAAACAUUGUGGCCUUCCACGGACACUUUGCGGACCGCGACCACGUGUACAUGGUGCUGGAGUACUGCGGCCGCCAGUCACUGGCCCACGUGCUCAAAGCAAGGCAGACUCUGACAGAGCCUGAGGUGCGCUAUUACCUGCGGGGUGUGAUCAGUGGCCUGCGCUACCUGCAUCAGCGUCGCAUUGUGCACCGAGACCUGAAGCUCAGUAACUUCUUCCUAAACAAUAACAUGGAGGUAAAGAUUGGAGACCUGGGACUGGCUGCCAGGGUGGGGCCAAGUGGCCACUGCCACAGAGUGCUCUGUGGGACCCCAAACUUCCUGGCCCCGGAGGUGGUGUCCCGGAAUGGGCACACGUGCCAGUCGGACAUCUGGGCUCUGGGCUGUGUCUUGUACACAGUGCUCACUGGCAGCCCGCCCUUCCCUGCCGCGCCCCUCCCGGAGAUGUACCAGAACAUCCGAGAUGGCCACUACCCAGAGCCUGCCCACCUGUCGCCCAAUGCACGCCACCUCAUUGCCCGCCUCCUGGCACCCAACCCGGCUGAACGGCCCAGCCUGGACCAGCUGCUGCAGGACGACUUCUUCACCCAGGGCUUCACCCCUGAGCGCCUGCCGCCCUGUUCCUGCCACAGUCCCCCAAGUUUUGCAGUCCCCCGGCCUCUGGAUGGCCUCCUCCGGAAGGUGGGCCGGCUGCUGCUCGCUGAGUGCCGGCUACCCCGUGAGCACUGCACCCGGCACCAUCUCUGCAUUGGCCCCUUCAUCCCCAAAGAGGACUCAGGUCCAGAAGCAGAGGGGCUGGAACCAGACCCCAUGGAGUGGGGCAACAAGGUGCCUGCAUCUGAGAGAAGGGCUCCCGACCCUGAGGGCCCUGUCUGCCUGCUCACCCAAGGGGCCCUGCGGAGUGACCCUGCAGGCCCAGAGGAUAGCCCCCAGCUGGAAGUGGAGGCGGCCAUCAGGAACCUUCAGCUGUGCCUGGAUGCUGGCCCUGAGGCCACACAGGACCCCCCAGGGGAGCAGUGGCCUGUGCUCUGCGCCCCCACAUGGGUGGAUUAUUCCAGCAAAUACGGCUUUGGCUACCAGCUGUCUGACGGAGGCAGUGCGGUCCUCUUCCGGGAUGGUACCCACAUGGCCCUGCGCCCCCCAGGAGGCCAAGUCUGCUACCUGCCUGCCCGUGGGAAGCUCAAGGCAUUCACCCUGAGGGACAUGCCAAAUUCGCUAGGUGCCAAGCUCGCUGUCCUGCGGUUCUUUACCUGCUACAUGCAGAGGCGACUUAGAGAGGAGGGAGCACAACCAGCGCCCCAGCCACCUGCUGCACCAGACCUUUGCCUGCUGCGGUUCUUUGUGUCGCCGCAGGUGCUUCUGCUGCUGUUCAGUGAUGACACCGUGCAGGCCAGCUUCAGCCGUACCCAGGCCCACCUGGUGGUGAGCGGGGCCGGUGAGGACCUUCGGCUCACCCUCCGGCAGCCAGGCCGGCGCAGUGUCUCCUGCGCCCUGCGAGCGCUGCGCAUGCGCGGCUGCAGCGCCAACACCCGGCAGCACCUGCACCUUGCCCUCCGCUUGCUGCAGCUGCGCUAGGCCGAGGCAGCACAGCCUCAGCACCUCGGU